CAAGGCUCGGGGAUAAAAAAAAAAACACACAACUCGUUGGAUAAAAAUCAUAUCCAACUACAAAUCAUGGGAGAUCCUAUAUAUACUCUAUCUUGGUCUAAUAUAAUGUUUAGAAUACUUGAAUUAAUUACAAAUUAUGUCAUGCAUGAUGCAUUUUAUUCUAUUUUAUUUAAAAUGGUGGAUAAAUAACUACACACAAGUACCCCAAAUUUAGGGCGCAGUGUAGAGAGGGUCCUGAACUUCAACUUUUCUCUAGAUAGCGCAGUUUGAUAGCACAGUACAGCUACAGUCUCACCAGAUUUUUUGGUUGUUUUGUACAGACAAAGAGACAUGGUAGAAUUAGUGUGAAUAGUGCCGAGCUGUAUGACAUGUUAACAGACGUCUCCAGUGGUCGCAGAGUUGUCAGUGACCAAGAGGAGGACGACUUUGGAAAUUCCGGAAAAGGAGGCAGCCAUGAGAAUCUUUAUCAUCUACCACAAGUCAGAUCCAAAAGAUCAUCACCAGUUUCAGAUAUGACGGUGUUUACAGUGGGAAACAGGAGUAAAUCAUUUCCAUUUAAGAAAGAUCUACCUACACCCACUUCCUCUGUGAGAAAGCUAGAUCCCAGGUCAUUAGAAAAAGAGCUUCUCUCCCAGUUCAAAAGCAGACGACUUCAUCCCCACUCUCACAUGCAGAUGGGAAUUAACAAAUCACCUCGGCAACGCCUUCAGGACUCAUUCUUCUCCCGUGCAAAACAAUUAGCUGUCCAGUCAUUGGAUCAAUUUCAACAUAAAGUCGACAACGCCACAAUGAUAACAUGUACAGCAGACGACCAUCUUACCGUUGACGUCAUGGACACUUCCGACGUAGUGAAUACAACAGUAUAUACAGACAACCAAAGUGUUGAUGGCAGAAUACAUAACAUUUCGGACACAAAAACAACUACACCUACAAGUCGUUUCAAUACUUCUUCCACCGUACAAACCGGUUAUUUUGAAAGCCAGCUGAAAAUGCCAAAAUGGAGGAGCUUGAAUGAUGUUUGUGACUCGGCAUUUUACUCUACGACCAGAAAACCUCGAGGUUAUGCAGUUAUAAUAAACAACUAUGAGUUCUACAAAGAGAUGAUAGCAUUAACACACAGUGGCCCGCAAACACUCCGAGUGAUACAGAAAGGUUUAAGGCGAGAUGCCUCAAUAGAGGAUGCAGAUAAGCUGAGUCGGUUCUUCAGGGACGAACUGCAUUUCAUUGUCAGGGGAUACGCAAACGUACCUGCUUACGACAUGAUCAAGAUUCUUAGUGACGUCAGCAAUGCGGACCAUGCCCAGUUUGACGCGUUUGUCUGCUGCAUUGCAAGUCACGGCAGGAGAGGGACAUUGUUCGGGAGCGACUGUCGAGAAAUCAAGGUUGAAGACGUCACCGGCCUCUUCACCGGAAGUCGUUGUGUCUCUCUUUCAGGGAAACCGAAAUGUUUCUUCAUUCAAGGCUGUCGGGGAGACCAUUAUAGUUUGAAAGGCAUACUAAGUGGACAAGGCAACGGUGUUUCACGUGAGCAGCAUUACAUUCCUCUCACGAGCGAUUUCCUGAUUGGUUAUUCAAUGGUUAAAGACUGUACAGAAUUCCAUGUACGAACGAGUGAAAGUCUUCUGUACAAAACAUUUCUGAAGUACUUCAGAAAAUACUCCCAAAGAUACGAUCUCGUUAACAUCAUGGUUCGUGUUAAGAAAACGUUAGCCAAGUUGCAGGAGAAAACAAUUGGAGCAGAGAAUGUGUUUGAAUGUAACUUCAGAGCUCAAUUAGUAUUCUAAAAACAAUUAAAUGAACUUUGUACAAAAGUA